CUCUACACUUGACUACUCUACCAUUCUUCUAUCUAAUCCACUCACAAUCAAAUCAGACACAGCAGGAUGGAUGAAGAGUACGAUGUCAUUGUCCUUGGCACGGGCUUGACAGAAUGUAUCCUAUCUGGAUUAUUAUCUGUAGAUGGACAAAAAGUACUUCAUAUGGAUCGUAACGAUUACUACGGAGGUGAUUCAGCUUCUUUGAAUCUUACUCAGCUCUAUCAGAAAUUCCGUUCCACACCACCUCCCGAAAAUCUCAACUUAGGUCGUGAUCGCGAUUACGCAGUUGAUCUCAUUCCUAAAUUCAUCCUAUCAUCCGGCGAGCUCACCAGGAUGUUGGUACAUACAGACGUUACGAGGUAUCUUGAAUUCAAAGUCAUCGCUGGGUCAUAUGUAUAUCGUGAUGGACGUAUUUCAAAAGUACCAAGUACGGAAAUGGAAGCUGUCAAAAGUUCUUUGAUGGGGUUGUUCGAAAAGAGAAGAGCGAGGAAUUUCUUUUCGUAUUUGCAGAGUUGGAAAGAGGAAGAUCCUGCGACCCAUCAGGGCCUCGACGUUAAUAAAUGUUCCAUGAAAGAGGUUUAUACAAAGUUUGGAUUAGAACCUGGUACACAAGAUUUCAUAGGCCACGCCAUGGCUUUGUACCUCGAUGAUGAUUACAUCAACAAACCCGCCCGUCCCACCAUUGACCGUAUCAUCCUCUACACCCGUUCGAUGGCACGUUAUGGCAAAUCACCUUACAUUUACCCUCUCUACGGUCUGGGCGAGUUACCCCAAGCAUUCGCCCGUUUGUCUGCCAUUUACGGUGGUACGUACAUGCUGGAUAAAACCAUCGAAAGUAUCAACGUUGAUGAGAACGGAGUGUUCACCGGUGUGACCAGUGGCGGUGAAACUGUGAGAGCGAAGAAAGUCAUUGGUGAUCCCAGUUACUUUGGUGCUGGAAAAGAUAUGGCGGAAGGGGGUAAAGUGAGGGUGGUGGAGACUGGCAAAGUCAUUCGAGCGAUUUGUAUUUUGAAACAUCCCAUUCCAGGUACGGACGAUGCGGAUUCCGUUCAGAUCAUAUUACCUCAGGGGCAACUGGGACGAAGGAAUGAUAUUUACAUCGCAGCAGUGUCUUCAGCACAUAAUGUUGCCGCUCCAAACGUUUGGAUAGCUAUAGUAUCGACAAUUGUCGAAACUUCAGUCCCUGAAAGAGAAAUCCUUCCAGCCAUUCAACUGUUAGGUACGGUGGUUGACAAGUUUGUCUCGGUCACACCACUUUACGCACCCACUUCUCCAGGGACGGAAGAUGAUGUUUAUAUCACGAAGAGUUAUGACGCCACGAGUCAUUUUGAAACUGUUGUGGAUGAUGUGAGUGAUGUUUGGAGGAGGGUCAAAGGUGAAGAGUUGGUUUUGAAAAAGAGGGAUGUGGAAUUGGCUGCGUGAGGUUUAGGGGAGGUGGGACAAGUUUUGUUAAUGUUUAUUUAUGCAUGUUUGUGAUGUAGUCUUUG